UGCAUUUGUCAAUCUACUAGAAAAUUAGUGAAUAUCAACAGUUCAGGGUCAAAAUGAUAAAAUGAAAAAAGUUGAUGGGAAUUUCUACAAUUAUACCAAAACCUAAAGGCGUUAGGCCUCGAUCCUUGCUUGGUAUUAGGAGGGAAAAUAGAAACAGAAUCGGAAAGAAAAGAAACUGAAAAAACCGAAAAUUGCAAUAACUUACUUCUGAUGUAAUUCAUUGUUUUAGCUGUUUUUUUAAUAAUCCAUUAAAUCAAAAGCCCGCGUGUUUGUUUCCAGAGAAAACUCUUGGAAGAAAAUGGCUACUCUCAAAAUACCAGACCCUGUUCCUUCCCCAACCGAUGACGCUGAGAAACUCAGAAAUGCUGUUCAAGGAUUAGGCACAGAUGAGAAGGCGAUUAUACAGAUAUUAGGGUGUAGAAAUGCAAGUCAAAGGAGGGAAAUCAAAGAAACCUAUCAGCAGCUUUACAAAGAAUCUCUCACUGAUCGUCUCCGUUCCGAGCUCUCUGGUGAUUUUAGAAAAGCAGUAAUUUUGUGGACGUAUGAUCCGCCAGAAAGGGAUGCAAAACUUGCAAAUAAGGUAUUGAAAGGAAAGAAGAAAGGCGCCAAGCAAUUGCAAGUGCUUGUUGAGAUAGCAUGUGCAAAUUCUCCUCAUCAUUUGCAAGCAGUAAGGCAGGCCUACUGUUCUCUAUUUGAUUGCUCCCUUGAAGAAGACAUUGUAUCUGCUGUCUCUUUGCCACUUAGAAAGCUUUUGGUGGGUUUGGUAAGCUCUUACAGGUAUGAUAAAGAACUGGUGGAUAUGAAUUUGGCCAACUCAGAAGCAGCUAAAUUGCAUGAAGCUAUCAAAGGAAAGCAACUAGAUCAUGAUGAUAUAGUGUUUGUCCUCGGCACUCGGAAUGUGUAUCAGCUCAGAGCAACGUUCAAGUGCUACCAGGAAAACUUUGGAGCUCCUAUUGAACAGGACAUAAAGAAAUGUGGAAAAGAUGAUUUGGAAUCUCUGUUGAGAAUUGUAAUUUUGUGCCUUGAUUCCCCAGAGAAACACUUCGCUGAGGUCAUUAGAACUGCCAUCAUUGGGCUUGGGACAGAUGAAGAUUCGCUAAGUAGAGCAAUCAUAACUCGAGCUGAAAUCGACACGACAAAAAUCAGGGGAGAGUAUUUCAACAUGUACAAAUCUAAACUUGAUGAUGAUGUUAUUGGUGACACUUCAGGAGAUUACAAAGAUUUCUUGAUGACCUUACUUGGUGCAAAAAUCUGAUUCAGUUUACCUGAAACUACUCUGUCUUCAUCUCCAUUGACACUGGAUUGCUUAUGCUGCUAUUUAUAAAAUAAAUGUUGUAAUUGCUACUGGAUCAAAAAUCAAACUUCAUUAGCAUUAUGCAUGUAAUGAUACUAAUUUCAUCAAUCAGAUUGCUUGUAAUGAUUUCUUAUAAUUUUUCGUAUGUCAAUCUCUGGUUUGUGUAAUGUCAAAAGAAAAUUUGUAAACUUUGAAGUGAGUUAAGUGCAAGCCAGAAGCAACAUUUAUGAUUUGGA